GGGCGUUUCAUAUCCUGCGUUACUGGGACAUAUUCUUUGCCUGAAAAUUGAACAAACAAACAACUUAAACAUGGACGAUCAACAACAAAUGCCGUGUUGGUACUAUGAAAGAGAAGAAUUAUAUAAAACACCAUCAUAUUAUGAUCAAAUUGACCAUGAAACAGAGACACGUCAUCGUAGAGAAGGUGCCAGAUUUUUAUCAGCUGUUAGUACCAAAUUAAAUCUUCGAUAUGAUACAUGUGCCACAGCGAUUGUAUUCUUCCAUCGAUUUUACAUGUUCCAUUCAUUUAAGGCAUUUCCACGUUAUGUAACAGCUGCUUGUUGUUUAAUGUUAGCUGGAAAAGUGGAAGAAACACCAAAAAAAGUUCGUGAUAUUGUUAAAACUGCUAGGUCAUUACUGUCUGAUGCAGAUUUCGAACAAUUUGGAAAUGAUCCUAGGGAAGAAGUAAUGGCAUUCGAACGAGUUCUACUAAAAACGAUUAAAUUUGACUUGCAAGUUUCACAUCCAUAUUCUUAUUUACUUCAAUUCGCAAAAAGAAUUAAAGGUCAGUGUUCAAUACUCAUCCAAUAAUAUAUAAAUAUUAGUCUUCAUUAUUUUCCAGGGUACAGGAGCAAUAAAUUAUUGUAACUCGAUAGUCAAGCAACCAAGAGAAACUGAAAGAAUUAGUUCAGAUGUCAUGGUCAUUUAUUAAUGAUAGUUUAGCAACAACACUAUGUUUACAGUGGGAACCAGAAAUAGUUGCAUGCGCUGUCCUUUAUCUAGCCACACGUAUGAGUAAAUUUACAAUAGAAGAUUGGGAAGGUCGUCAACCAGGUCAACGUUGGUGGGAAUGUUUUGUUGAAGGUAUGAGUACUGAAGUUAUGGAAGAUAUAUGUCAUAAAAUUUUAGACUUAUACCCUGCUGAUGGGAAUACUGGUGAUGAACAAGUUGGAAGUAAUAUUAACACAUCUACAACUAAAAUAACAACGAAUAAUAUUAAUUGUAACAGUAACAGUAAUGUAACUACAGGUGAAUUACCAAUUCAUCAUGUAACACAUUCAGUAUCAUUCGAUUCAAACAAAUAUCAUGGAAUAAAUAGUAAAGCAGAGCCAUCUGCUAAAAGGCAAGCAUUAAUGCGUUCGUCAGGGAAUAAUAUUUAUUCAUCAACUGUACACACUGGUCAUUCAAGUGGUAGCAGUAAUAAUAAUAAUAUUAAUGUUACUUCAUCGAUGAUGAAUAACAAUCCUGCAGUAAUGAAACAUGUUCCAUAUCCCUCACAUUAUCGUCUACCAGUUGGUGCAAUUGCUAACAAUAAUAAAACAACUGUCUAUAAAUGAUAUGAUGCUGAAAUAAGCAUUCAUAUACACAACAAUAAUUUAUUAUAUAAAUCAUAUGGUAAAGCUUACUUUAUUUAUUGUUUGCAUUCAGUGCCUGAAAAGUAUUCGAUCUAGAUCAACUUUGGAUCAACAAUUUUUUUAAAAAUGUAACUGAUGUAUUCUAGCAUUCAGGUUUUUCUGUAUAUAUAAAUUAUAUAUCUAAAUAAAUAUAUAUUUAUAUCUGUGAUGAGAAACCUAAUUUUUUCUUGGAAUUAACGUUUACUGUGUACCUGUUUUUCUUCUCUUUUCCCUUUCAUUAACAUCAAGAGUAUUUUCAUUGUAUCACAUUCUUCUCCAUAUGAAUUCGGUUAAAAAUAAGAACUAUACUUUUCACUAAUGAAUACAAUAACUAACAAUAGUUUUUGUUUGAUAAAACAUGAUUAUUCCUUAGAAGAUACUAAUA